GAAAACAUCAUGCUGUUGGAUAAGAACGUGCCAUUGCCAAGGAUCAAACUAAUCGAUUUCGGACUCGCUCACAAAAUCGAGGCGGGGGCAGAGUUUAAAAACAUUUUUGGGACUCCUGAAUUUGUGGCCCCAGAGAUAGUGAACUACGAACCACUGGGACUGGAGGCAGAUAUGUGGAGUAUAGGAGUCAUCACCUACAUCCUGCUGAGUGGAGCGUCUCCCUUCCUGGGAGAGACUAAACAGGACACGCUGGCCAACAUCUCAGCCAUGAACUACGAGUUUGACGAGGAGUUCUUCUGUAGAACCAGUGAACUGGCCAAAAGCUUCAUACGGCAGCUACUGGAGAGGGACAAGAUGAAGAGAUUAACUAUUCAAGACGCCCUCAACCAUCCCUGGAUCAAGCCGUUAAACCCAGGCCAGGCCCUGGAGCGCAGACUGUCUGUCAUUAAUCUGGAGAACUUCAGGAGACAGUACGCACGACGGCGAUGGAAGAUGUCUAUCAGGAUAGUGUCUCUGUGUAACCACCUGACCAGGAUGAUGAGAAGAGGGCAGGAACAACAAGAACAUGACCAGAGGAGCUGUGACAGCGACAACGAAGAAGAGACCAGGAAGACAAGACUACAGACCAGGAAGAGGAGUAACACUUCCUGAAGUCAACAACCAAUCAAAACACCACCAUUCCUCUAUUCCACUUCCUGAAGUCAACAACCAAUCAAAACACCACCAUUCCUCCAUUCCACUUCCUGAAGUUAACAACCAAUCAAAACACCACUAUUCCUCCAUUCCACUUCCUGAAGUCAACAACCAAUCAAAACACCACCAUUCCUCCAUUCCACUUCCUGAAGUCAACAACCAACCAAAACACCACUAUUCCUCCAUUCCACUUCCUGAAGUCAACAACCAAUCAAAACACCACUAUUCCUCCAUUCCACUUCCUGAAGUCAACAACCAAGCACCAUUUAAAUCCAGUUAGCUGAGUAUUUUUCUAUGAAGUGAUGGUCUUUUCUCAGUGAAAGGUCAUAGACAUUAAGGUUUUUUUAAUGAUACUUUUGUAUGUUAGCUAGCUUUUUAUAAAUCUGUUUACAGUAUAGUGGUUGUAUAUGGCGGGAAAUAUAAGAGAGAAGAAUGAACCCGUUUGUGUUCUUACUGUAUUUUACUGUUCUUACUGUACUUACUAUUCUUACUGUAUUUUACUGUACUUACUGUUCUUACUGUAUUUUA